GAAACCAUUUUUUACGUUAGAGUUAUCUCUCUUUAAGCAGUACUUUGAACAGUAUUUUGAAAGUGAAAGUAAAAUUACUUCCCUUGAUUAACUCCUCGUGGUAAAGUUUAUCAGUACAAAAAAGUCAGAAGCAUGUGGCUAAUUUUUCACGGACAAAUUUUUAGGCAGAUUUAGAUCCCCCACAGAUUUUUUACCUCUUCCGAGAGUUAUGUUUUGCGUCAAUAAAGAUUAUCGAUAUAGCGUUUAACAUUACAGUAAAAAAUCUGCGACCAUGGAUCAAGAAAAUCAGGACGACAAAUGGGUCUUAGACAAAGGUACAGAAAAGGAUCAAUUAGAAAACCCUCGUAUACGGCAGUUGACAGAACGGGGUAAAGAACAAUAUGAAUUAAAUGUUUAUAACUUUACCAAAGAUCUAAGAAGAGUUAGUUUAACGAUUGAUGAACAAAUUCACUCAUUUGUAAAUCAAGAAGAUAACAAGGUAACUACAGAAAGUACCAUAAGACUAAAAAAUGAUUUGGAACAAAAUAACAAAAACUAUCAAACAAUAUCCAGAGAAUUCUUGGAAUAUUUAGACCGGUCAAGGUGUCGAGAAAGCAUUCAGGAAAUAUCAGCUCACAAAUUAGUCUCAAAAACAUUAUCAGAGAAGGUACAAUAUGCAAUAAGUAUUAUUGAUGAAACACUAUCAAAAUGUACUGGUAGUCAGAAGGAACCUGCACAGAGGGAUAAAAUAACAUCCUCUCAACACAAUUCAAGUCGAUCGCAUAGAUCGUAUGCAAGCAACAGCAGCCAUGGUAGCAGACAAAGUUCAUAUCUCAGACAAAAAAUGAAGUCUGAAGCAGCAAAAUGCCGAUUAGAGUUUGCAGAACAGGAAGCAAAACUACAAUUAGAAAAAUCCAAAAUUGAGGAAGAAGAGUGCAUAACAGCGAUGAAGCAUGCUAGACAAAAGAAGAAUUUAGAAAUCGACAUUAAUCUUUUAGCGGCUAAACGGGACGCGAUGGAGGCACAAGCGGAACUGCAGGUAAUUGAUGAGGAGUUCAAUUCAGAAACAGGAUCUACAAGUAGUAGGUCAAGUGUAAAACUAGCAUCAGAAAAACUACAUCGAACGAAACAAUACAUCAUCCAACAAUCAUCACUAUCUUCAAGUGCACAAAAGAUUGAAACUGUUAUCGAAAAAGAAAAAGAAAACAACACUAAUGAAUUGAUCACUAAAGAGAAAAACAAUUUCUUAGAGUACAAUCAUCCACAAGAGCCUGAGCUGGUCGAAAAUACAACCAAGUAUUCAGUCGAAAACAAUAUUGAUGUUGCAAUGGUUACAGUUAGUAAAUCAAGUGAAAAGCAAGAAGUACUUGAAACAGGAGAAACUGAUAUAGCUCAAGAAAUAUUAAUAGACAGUUCAAACAUUUCUAGUGCUUUGCAAGUAACUACUAAUCCAGUCUUACAACAAGAAACUAAUCCUCAAUCAUUCUCUUGUCCUGUAAGUAAUACUGAAACUAGGCGUGAUGCCGCAAUAGACUAUAACAACAAUGCUAAUCUGAAUGCCGCUACAGAAUUUGCUAGACUUUUUAUGAAGAAGGAGCUUUUACUUUCUCGAUUAACAUCAUUCACCGAUAAUCCAGAGAACUAUCUUAUAUGGAAAGCCAGUUUCCGUAGCAUUAUGCAUGACCUCCAAGUAACUCCGUCUGAAGAAAUGGAUCUCCUAAUUCGUUGGUUAGGACAAGAAUCUAGCAAACAAGCUAUUAGAUUGAGAGCAUCUAACACACAUGAUCCUAAGAAAGGCUUAGAAAGAAUCUGGAAUAGAUUGGACGAAAGAUAUGGUUCUCCUGAACUAAUCGAGUCAACUUUAAAGGAUAAGAUUCUCAAGUUUGGAAAAAUGAACAACACUGACAAUAAACGCUUGUAUGAACUUGGUGAUCUUUUAGCAGAAAUAGACUCCGUAAAAGAAGACCCUAAAUACAGCACAUUGUUAGGCUACUUUGAUUCCUCUUCUGGGGUGAACCCAAUUGUAAGCAAGCUACCACAUUUUCUACAGACAAAAUGGACAGACCGGGCUGUAAGGUACAAGUUGGAGAAACAUGUUGUAUAUCCACCAUUCAAAGUAUUUGUUUACUUUAUACAAGAAAUGAGUACAAGACUAAACGAUCCAAGUUUCAACUAUGACAAGAACCCAACAGGAAAUAAUGACAAACAAGGUCAAUACAACAGGCCAAGGAACUAUAACAGUGUGUCUACAAAGAAAACUGAAGUGGCUCAGAAAAGUGGAAAUACAUGGAAAAGAGAAACUAAAUUUGGCUGUCCACUUCAUGAACAAUCAAACCAUUCAUUAAACGAAUGUAAACAGUUUAGACGGAAACCUAUCGACGAAAGAAAAACAAUUAUUAUGCAAAAUGGUAUAUGCUUUAAAUGUUGCAAUGGGAAACACUUAGCAAGAAACUGCAAUGAAAAUCAACCAUGCAAGCAGUGUCAAUCAAAAGGUCAUCCAGAUGCUCUUCAUAUUGAAAAAGGGCCAAACCCUACUACUGGGCAUGGCGGGGAACAGAAUCAGUCAGAUGGCAAACCAGCUAAUAAGGUUACUACUGCAUGUACGCAGAUCUGUGGUGACAGUUUUAAAGGACGUUCCUGCGCUAAAACUGUUCUGGUAAAGGUAUACCCUAAUGGUCAGCCUGAGAAAGCCAUUAGAGUAUAUGCAAUUCUGGACGAUCAGAGUAAUAGAACUUUGGCUACAUCUCAGUUCUUUGAACUUUUCAACAUUAACAGUCAGAAAAUAGAGUACACACUUUCUUCAUGUGCUGGAAGCAUGGUAGUCUCCGGACGUAUGGCUUGUGAUUUCACAGUAGAAUCGUUUGAUGGAAGUAUGAGUUUGGACCUUCCACCCUUAAUAGAGUGCAAUGACAUACCUAAUGUAAGAGAAGAAAUACCAACUCCAAAUGUGGCAUUCUUUCAUGAUCAUCUUCGAUCAAUUAGUAGUAUGAUUCCACCAUUAGAUUCAGAUGCUCAGAUACUUUUACUUAUAGGAAGAGACUUGGGUGAGGCACACCAUGUGUAUGAUCAAAGAACUGGGCCACAGCGUACACCUUAUGCACAGAAAUUAGCAUUAGGUUGGGUUGUGAUUGGUGAGACGUGUCUUGGCAAGGUCCAUGUACCUGAUAAAGUAAAUGUGAACAAGACGUUUGUUUUACAAAACGGAAGGACAUCAAUUUGCAAACCAUGCACUAGUGACAUAACAAUCAAGGAACAGAAUUCUAUAGACUUUAUAGAAUGUGAAGGACAUACGGCAGAUUCCAUAUAA